AUGUUUCGUCCUCAACCUCUUGACCAAACCACAACUAUCCGAUCAGAGCCUUUUUUCCGCAGUCGUGGUAGAAAAUCCCGUGCAACCUGGAAAACCAGUCGUGGCUCCGUAAGAUAUCGAUUUCGGCCGCGGAAAAGAAGCCGGGGUCCCAAACCGAGGGCCCCUCUCAAUCCCAGCGAUCCACUUAAUCUACAGGAUUUGAUGAAAGAAACUGAAAGACGCAGAGUACAAGGGUUGUCACCGCUACGUGGUGAUUCACGACUAAACACACCUGCUCUGAGUAGUGCUGGGGAUAUGGGGGGUGAAAGCCCCUUACUCCAACCUGUUCCAUCAGUUUCGGAUUUGAAACCACCUGAUAACACACCCAAAUCCAUAGGCAAGUCUGGAGCACCAGAAAGCAGAAUUCGAUCCACUCGGGGUGGUAGUCAUCGUUAUUCCUCACGCCGCCGAGCACACAGAUGGCGCUUACCAGUUACCGGUAAUUACGAAGGCUACUACUUUCGUCGCGACCCAAACGACCGGUUGCCAUAUCUUAUGCCAGAAUGGUUUAUCGGUAAAGACGUUGCAGACUAUGGAUGCCAUAAUGGGACUCUUACUUUUGGAGUUUUGGAGCGUUUUCCUGAUGUUCGUAGAAUCGAUGCCCUAGAUUGUGAUGCUGAGUUGAUCGCUAAUGCGAAAAGCAUGCAAAAGGAAAGGAUUCGGUGGAAUAUAGGUUCUGCCAUCCGGUAUGACAAAAUCAAUUUUCAGGUGGCCAACUGGAUUGAUAACGCAACCCCUACGGAAGAACCGGAAUAUGAUACUAUCAUGGCAUUCAGUGUCACAAAAUGGAUUCAUCUCAAUUAUGGUGAUGCCGGUCUGAUGCGUUUUUUUAGACGAGCAUUCAACCUCCUAAAGCCCGGCGGACAUCUAAUAUUAGAACCUCAACCCAAAUCUUCGUACAGAAAAACGCGAUUCACGGCUAAACAAAGGUCUACUUACCAAACAUUAAAAAUCGAUCCUGUGAAGUUGGAGCCGUUAUUGGUCGACCUGGGAUUUUCAUACUUCGAUACCAUCAAACUCCCUCGUCCAAAUGAACCGUUUCGGAGAAAAAUUAUCCUCUGCUCGAAGUCUUACGGUGCUACACCGGCUUCAAUUCGCAAUGACUUCCGUUCGGAGUUCCAGAAUUGGAACAUGUCCCCUUCACCACGCAGUCCUGGCUCUCGGGAACCCCCACCAGUAUGCUACCAUCCACAGACUCCGAUGUAUACCACGGGAACACCCGCGGCUUUGAGUGAUUCUCCCGCACCUGAGUUACGUCAGGCCUUUGUUGUGCCAUCGGUUGGAACAGUAGUGACCAGGGAACUCGAAAAUCAGACUCCAGAGCAAUUAUGUGAACCAGAUUCUACUUCACUUCCUUGA